AUGGCCCCUCCGACUGAGAACGUGCUCGUCAUUGGUGCGACUGGCGUCAUUGGGCGCUAUAUCACCAACGCGCUGGUGAAUGCGCAGCCGCCCUUCAAGCGCAUCGGCAUCUACACAUCCGCAGCCACCGUGGAGCACAAGGCUGCGCAGAUCCAGGCGCUCAAAGAAAAGGGCGUCGAAGUCUUCGUCGGCGACUUCAAUGACGAAAGCAAGAUUCUCGAGGUCUACAAAGGCUUCGACACCGUCGUCAGCGCCGUGGGGCGCAACGUCAUCGCCGAGCAGAUCAACCUGAUCAAGCUGGCGGAGCAGUCGCCCAGCAUCAAGCGCUUCUUCCCCAGCGAGUACGGCACCGACAUCAAGUACGGGCCGCAGUCGGCCACCGAGAAGCCGCACCAGCAGAAGCUGAAGGUGCGUGCGUACCUCGAGUCCGAUGCCGUCAAGCGGCUCGAGUACACGUACGUUGUGACCGGGCCGUACGCGGAUCUGUACAUCCAGAAGAGCGUGGCCGCCACCGCUGGCAGCUUCGAUGUCCAGGCUAAGAAGGCCACGUUGCUGGGCGAUGGGGAGGGCAAGAUCAGCUUGACGACCAUGGAUGACGUCGGCAAGCUCGUGGUGGCCGCGCUCCAGCACCCGGAGAACACGGCCAAUCGUGCUCUCAUCGUCAACUCCUUCACGACCACGCCGAAGGAGAUCUUGGCCGAGUACGAGCGGCAGACCGACGCCAAGUGGGACGUGUCCUACACGCCGCUUCCCGAGCUCGAGAAGGCGGAGCAGGAGGCUUGGGAGCAGGGCGUCUCGUACGCUGCUCUGUUCACGUUGCGGAGGAUCUGGACGCAGGGAGGCACGCUCUACGAGAGUCGCGACAACGACCUCAUCAAGGCGCCGCCGAGUGAGACGCUGGAGUCGGCUGUUGCGAAGGCCAUUGUUGAGGCACAGAAAUAG